AUGUCUGUAGCUCUCUGGUACUAUUGCAAUCUCAUUGACGAGAUAGAGGCUUUGGAUGUCGUGGCCCCCGUCGUUCAAAUACGUCGCAGUGUUGUCCAAGUGGAUGCAAACACUUUGAGGCCGACAGCCUUGUUGGCGUGCAGCCCUGCAGUGGACGACGAAUUGGCCGUCGAAAGAUCGACGUACGUGUUAACAGCUUCAGUUGCUGCUACUUCGGCGGAGGUUGAGCGAGCUGCUAUCGAGCCUAUCGAGACUGAGACGAACAAGGUCGAAGCUGUUGUUCAUGUUGUCAGUCCUGUCAAGAAGACGGUGGCUCAUCCUGUCACAGUCGAAGCAGAGGUUCAAGAGAGCUUGAGUGAGGUAGCAACGGGGGGCACAACUGUGCACGACGCUGUCAAGAUGGUUACAGUCGUCGAGGAAGAGGUCGUUGAUGUUAUUGCGGCUACAGAGGAAAAGCCCGACUCUAUAAAUGAUGUGGCUCACGAGGGGUGCGCUGUUGCGCUGGAAGAAAUGGAUGCUGAAGCUGCUGCUAGUGACGUCUUAGCUCCUGCACUAGGAGACAAAGUUCUGGCUGAUAACGAAGACGUGAUUGCAGAGCCCAAGAAACACUUUACUCGGAAGGCUUUCGUUCCGGAAGACAGUAAAAACUCUGUCGAAGUUGCGAAAGGAAAUGGUGAAGCUGCUCAUGUGGUCGAGCACGGCAGUACUGCAUCAAUGAAGAAGACUAUCGAGGUCGUUGAAGCGGCUGAAGCAUCCUCGACCAUGAAGAUGAUAGCUGCAAUACCUGCUACGGGUGACAAGUUUCAGACUGAAACGCAGUCAGAGAUUUCGGAGACGCCUGCAAUUGAGAAGGUUAAUAUAGCUGCUGCUACAAAGGGGAACGAGGUUUCUGAAUCCGAGAUUGACGAGACGAUGGUCAUUGACCCAGACGUUGUAGCAAAGGAAGCUGUUGCACAAACGUCUUCGUUUUGUUUCAUCCCUGAGCCCAUUCGCAACAACAGCUACGCAGUCUCUUCCGUUGCGCUGGCUGUCGCUACUGCAAUCACAGCGGCUCUAUUGGCACGUAGAUAA